GGUAUUACGCCAGUAGAGGCCGCGGUGGUGUGCUGUGUAGCUGCCACUGUGUUGUCCAUUCGCAUAUUGUUUUUGAUACAAACGAAAGUGUAGGCACGAAUUUCUAUGUGAGUGAAGGGCAGGUUUCACACAGACGCAGGCUGCCUCAGACACAAGGGCAGUAUCAGUAUCCGCUGGGGUUUCGCCAGGGAGCGUCGCAACAUGACGGGGGUGGACGAGAUAUUGAACUACAAGAGAGAUCCCGACGAUGAUUUUUACGCUCUGCUGGGUUGCGACGAAAACUCGUCUGCAGAGCAAAUAACUGCUGAGUACAAGAUCCUAGCUCUGCAGCACCAUCCAGAUAAGAACGAUGGUGAUAAAGAAGCCGAAGCCAAGUUUCAAAAACUAAAGGAGGCUAAGGAGACACUGUGCGAUCCGUCUAAGCGCGCUCUGUACGACAAGUGGAGGCAGAGCGGCAUCGCCAUGGGGUACAAGCAGUGGCUGGGCAUGAAGGAGCACGUGCAGCAGUCCAUGCACUGGUCCAAGCCCAACACCAAAGACCGCAUGCUGGAGGGCGAGGGCCGCGCUUCGGGGCCUUCUAGCCUCGGCCCCACCAACGCCGCAGCCCGCCGCGCCUCCGAGGGCGGCGCCGCUCUCUGGGGCCGCUGGGGCGCCGGCAACCAGGAGCCCCCCUCCGAGGUCAUCAACAAAUUCCGCAACUACGAAAUCUAAUUUCCAGUUGCUUCCCGCGAUUCUCUUUUGUUCCAACGUUACCGGUGGGGCGCCGUUCUAUUUCGUUAGUUUGUUCUUUUCAAAGGAGGUUAUUUGUGCCGUAACCUCCUUAGAUCUCGAUCUUUUAGCUCGUGAAGGUGCGGCACAGGAGUUGUGGACGACAACCAGCAGGCUGUUAAUAUCACUUGCCAUUAUUAGAACUUAUUCGUGUUGUAUUGAUUACAAAUUAGUACUUAUACUUACUUAUAUUAGUGUUAAGGUCGACUUAAUUAGUUUUAAAGGCACAAUAUUCAUCAAGUCAGCUCAAUGAACAAACUCGAAUGUGGCUCGAUAUCUUAAAUAAUAAUGUUCUAUGUUCGAUGUGCUAAAUGUAUUGUUCCGUUGUAUAUGUAGACAUGUCGUCAUUAGAUGAAACUUGAUUGUACCCCGCCCCUUAGAGAUCUUGGAUAGUGUUAAACACUGUAUUAGCGUACCCUAGCUGUAAGCUAUGCACAUUCCUGAUAACAUAUGAGUCUGAUUAUUGAACAUUUCUGCUGUAGAACAAUAUUUUAUCUAUAAGAGUCUCUAUAUUUUGAAGAGUUAUAUUUUUGACCCUCUUUUACGACUAUUUAUCUUACUGUAAGUAUUAUUUUUUGUGAUGGAGAAAUGAAACAUUUGGAAAUAGUUGUGAGAUAUAUACAGGGUAUAGCAGUGAGGUAGGAGGGAGGUUUUUUUUAGUUAGUCUGUUUCUACUUGACAUCAACUCUGUUAGUCCCGCGUGGGUAUUGAUCCGAAAUAGGUGUUGUGUUCCCCAUAGAGUUAGUUACUCUGUAGAAGUUAAAGUACAUACAUAUAUCAUGUGUUAAUGUUUUAAUCAGUAUUUAUGUUGGAUGUUUAAAAUCUCAAUGUUAUAUUAAUGGAGUAGUAGAUUUUAAAAAUUUAAAUGUUUUAACUCGAUGAGAAUCUCUUAACACAAUAUAAGCCAAAUGUUUACGAUGUCUUUAUUUUUGAUGUAAUAUCAAAUUUGAAACAAUAAAAGUUUACCAAACAA